GCUUUAAAACAAAAUAAAGCUUUAAAACAUAAUAUUCCUAAAAAAGCAAUUGAAACAUUAUAUAAUUCAAUUUUUACAGAUAAUAUUAAUAAUAAUAAAUCUAUUAAUAAAAAACUUAUAGAAAAAUAUAAAAAAGAAAAAACAUUUAAACCUGAAGAUUAUUUAGUUAGUAAAAACCUUAGUGAAUUACAAGCU